AUGAAAGCUACCCUCAAAAACACCGCUUUGCUGAUUGCAAACUGUUCUCUGACUCCAGCACUUGCGUUCCCUACCACGGAUUCCUUCAGACCCAACGUCAUGGCCAGAUCACACAACAACACAAUCAACGCGACGAUGGCUCCUAUCGUCGGUGACGAGUCGUUCAACUUCAACAUCUUGGUCUAUAUGUCAAGCGCUCCCUACCAAGGCGCUGAUAUUGGCGAGGUUCUUGUUGCUGCCAACAAUAUCAAGGACGGAGAUUCUGAAAGUUUUUAUGAACAAUUCAACAGCCUGGCUACUCGCGUACACGACCAGGCUAUCGCAAUUGACGCGAAAAAGCAUCCCGUCUCUGCUAGAAAUGCAUUCUUUCGAUCAUCCACUUAUUACCGCGCCGCCGAUGUGUAUCUUCACGGUAACUGGACUGACCCUCGAAUUAUGGAUCUAUGGAAAAAGCAAGCUGCAGACUUCGACAAAGCUAUUCAGCUGCUGCCGCAGCCCGGAGAACGAAUAGAGAUUCGUGCGGACAACUUUACUAUCCCAGCUAUCUUCUUUAAAACCAACAUGCCCGGAAGACGCCCUACAGUUAUUCUCGGACAAGGUUACGAUGGAGCCAUGGAAGACUUGUACCAUGUUAUGGGUGAAGCUCUUCUUCAGCGUGGCAUGAACGCUAUCGUGUACGAAGGCCCAGGGCAGCCAACGGUCCGCCGAUACCAGGAUCUCGGAUUCUUCCCCGAAUGGGAAAGGGUCGUUACCCCCGUCGUGGACUACAUCCUCACUCGCGAUGACGUCGACGCCGAUAAGAUUGCAUUGAUGGGUUAUUCAUUUGGUGGCUUCCUGGCCCCCAGAGCUGCUGCCUUUGAACAUCGACUUGCAGCCGUUCUCGCCAUCGAUGGUAUUUAUGACUUUGGCGAAGCUAUCCUCAAGCAAUUCGGCCCGGAUGCUGCCAAGGCUGUUCUAAGUGGGAAGAAGGAGUACGUCGAUGGCCUUGGGAAGCAACUCCAGGCGGACCCGGAUACUCCCACAACCAUGCGAUGGGGCCUCAACCAAGGCGAAUGGACGUUCAAGACUCAUUCAGCCUAUGACUUUGUCAAAACGGCCCAGGAUUACACACUUGAAGGAUAUGUUCAGAACAUCAAAGCUCCUGUGUUUGUUGGUGAAGCUAAAAGCGAUGUCUUUUUUGAGGGACAAGCUGCGAAACUGGCCAAGGAACUGGGAAAGCUUGCGACGCACCAUGUAUUUGAGGACCUUUUAGGUGCCGGUGAACAUUGCCAGAUUGGGGCUUCGGUGUUGAUGAACCAGGUCUCUUUGGAUUGGCUGGAGGAUGUUUUUUGCAACUAA